AUGCGGAAACGGAAACCGCAAAAUGAUGGUUCCGAGCGUCUCGUAGACGACACUGAGCCAGAGGAGAACGUGGUUCAACGAAAUGCCGUACCGCCGGAUAAAACUGCGGGCUUUUCGGAGACGUUUAGGCGCGGAACGCGCAGGCUAUCAGAGGUGGCCAUACCGCACUACCUAGCGGUGGCCAUAUUCAACGCGUCUCACGGGCUCACAGAUCAGUUCAACCACAACGUGCGCCUCCUCAUCGCCAUGACUCUCGCCUGCGGCCUCUUCAGUGGGCUGAGGGCUGCCUCUUUCACCAUUUUCAAUGUCCAAUUGAUGCGGCGAAUGCGGCUGGCGCUAUACGAGACGCUCAUCCGGCAGGACGUUGCCUUCUUUGACGGCCAGUCGGUGGGCGACCUCACAUCCCGCCUCGGCUCCGACUGCCAGGCUGCGGGAUACACGAUGGGCAGCGAUCUCAACAUCGUGCUACGGCACUCGCUGCUGGCCAUAGGAACGUUUGUGUUCCUGCUUCGCUUGAGCUGGCAGAUGGCCCUUAUGACAGCUGGCCUCUGUGGCAUCAUGUGGUACUUUCUCAUCGUCUAUGGCGAUUUCUCCCGACUGAGCUCCAUGGUGUUACAAGACAAUGAGGCAGCAGCCAAUGAGGUUGCAGAGGAGACGGUGUCUCUCGUUCGAGUGGUGCGGACGUUUGGCACAGAGAGCGAGGAGGUGAAGAGGUACGACGAGCCUCUCCGGAGGCUGGUGGAGGUGGGGCUGCGGCGGAGUGUGGCGAAUGGGUUGUGGACAUGCGCUGACAACAUUGUCUAUAACACCUCCAUGGUGGCAGUGGUGAUCAUGGCCGGGGGAGCGCUAACGACAGGGCGCAUAUCAGCGGAGCAGGUGACGCAGUUUGUGAUGUACGCGGACUGGAUGGCAUACAACAUGUGGUGUGCGGGCGGCCACUGGGCCACCCUCAUGGACUCCAUCGGCGCCUGCCACCGCGUGUUUCAGCUGCUGGAUCUUCCACACCCAGAGCAGCUCAAUCAAGGCCAUGGUGAGUGUGCAUGCACAGACUGGAUGGCAUACAACAUGUGGUGUGCAGGCGGGCACUGGGCCACCCUCAUGGACUCCAUCGGCGCCUGCCACCGCGUGUUUCAACUGCUCGACCUGCCGCACCCGGAGCAGCUGGCUACUCAGGGUCGUGGUGAGUGCGAGUGCACAGGGAUAGGAGUGCGCAGCAUGGCUUGCGCGGGCGACCACUGGGCCACUCUCAUGGACUCAAUCGGCGCCUGCCACCAGGUCUUCCAACUGCUCGACCUGCCAAAUCCGAAGCAUGUCACUCAAGGGCACGAUGAGUGUGCGUGCGUGCAUGGGAGUCAAGGCCGAGUGCUGCCGUCGCUGAGCGGCAAGCUGGAGUUCCGCGAUCUCUCCUUCCGCUACCCCACCCGCCCUGAGGCUCUUGUGUUGGAGGGCAUAAGCCUGACCAUCCAGCCAGGCGAGCUGGUGGCACUGGUGGGGCACAACGGCAGCGGCAAGAGCACCCUCCUCAGGCUGCUGCAGCGACUCUACGAGCCCACAGAGGGGCAGGUGCUUAUUGACGACGUGCCUCUACCAGAGGUUGACAUCGCAUGGCUGAGAAGCCACAUUGGGGUCGUCAGCCAGGAGCCCCUUCUAUUCAGCAGAGACGUGGCAUCCAACAUUGCAUACGGAAGCAGCAAGGAACUCUCCCGGCAGGACAUUGUCCAGGCAGCGACCCAGGCCAACGCGCAUCAAUUCAUUUCCGAGCUGCCCGAGGGUUAUGACACGGUGGUGGACAACGCGCGGCUGAGCGGCGGGCAGAAGCAAAGAAUAGCGAUUGCCCGGGCUCUAGUGCGCGACCCCACUCUGCUGUUCCUGGAUGAAGCCACGAGUGCUCUGGAUGCUGAGAGCGAGCACUACGUGCAGAUGGCAUUGAACCAAGUCAUUCAUGACGACUCCCAUGCAAGUGGGGGCAGAAGGCAAACCAGAGUGGUCAUUGCACACCGGCUAUCCACCAUCCGUUCUGCCGAUAGAAUAGUGGUUGUGUCUCAUGGGAAGAUCAUCGAGGUCGGCACACACGAGCAGCUGAUGGAGCGAAAGGGGGCAUACAUGGAAUUGCACUCAAAGCGAAAUGAAGCCCCUGCGUCCCACUGA